AAAGAUACGUCAUGAACUUUAAAAACUGCACCUUACCGGAAAUGUAGAAUUUUUUUUUUUUUUUGUGGUAGGACGUCUGUAGUUAGGAGUACACAGGAAUACAAACAUCCAUAUAAUCGCAUUUUAACUGACUUAACGCUCACAACAACGUGACCGUUUUAGGAACGUGAUUUUAACAUGUUCUGUAAAUGUGCAGCACGAGCUUCUAGGGCGCUGCGGCGGCCUGCGCAUCCUCGGUGUGGAGUAUUGAAGCUGUCCGCUCUAAGCGCCACUGUAUCGCCCAGCAGAACGUCCUGGUCCCGAUGGAUAUUAAAACGGGAAUCAAGUAACUCUGCCUGGGAUUCCAAGGUUCCUCAGGUACCCUCAUGGGAGCCCAUAAAUGAAAAUCAACUUCCACCGGCAACAAGAGUCUCACCAGACUUAGUGGACAAAUUGGAGAGAUUAGCCCUUGUUGACUUCGGCAGCAAAGAAGGGGUGGACUGUCUGGAGAAAGCAAUUCGAUUUGCUGAUCAGCUUCAUGUCAUCAAUACUGAUGGUGUAGAUCCAAUGGAUUCAGUUCUAGAGGACAGAGACCUGUAUUUGAGAGCUGAUACUGUAACAGAGGGUGAAUGUGCAGAGGAGUUGCUCCAGCUGGCCAAAAACACAGUUGAGGAGUAUUUUGUUGCACCUCCAGGUAACAUCCCUCUACCAAAGAGAGAAGAGAGAUCUGCUAUGCUUAAACACACUGAGUUCUGACUGAAAUGUAACACUGGCUCUGAAUUUGUUAUAAUAAAUAUUUAUUUUAUAUAUCAA